UUAAUGCUGUUUGAUCGGGACGUGUUUAUCGGAUGGCAGCUGCUUUAGAAAUUAGCACAUGCGCUUAAUUAAAUAUCGCCGUGAUCGGGGGCGAGUCAUGCGAGUCGCAGGCGCCGGGCGCCUCCUAUGCAGCGCAAAGACGCGAUGAUUUGGCAGCGGCGCAGUGCUUAUUUCAGCCGACUUGGUGCGUUAGCGUGUCGGAGGUCUAAGGUGGUGCGGGGGGCAUGCGAGGCAUAGUUACAGGGGUAAAAAUACCCCUGUCUCUUACAUCACUGCAUAUAUUUUUGGACCCGAGUGUCCUCGAAGGGGGCUAGUUACUGGGUGUCGUCUUCGGUCCAGGCAGAAUGAAGUCCACGGGGGGUCCGGGAAUAUGGUGUUUUGGUCGCUAAAAUAGCAGUAAUUUGAAAUGUUUUUGACUUAAGCGCAACUAUGCAUUGGGUGGCGGUGUGAUGGAGUUAGACGUGGAAGGCGUACCGGACUGGGGCGGACAUUUCUGACAGCUCGUAGUUUGACUUUGUCCUGUCGUGGUGGCAUGGAAGGAGUGGGAAGUUUCUCUGGGACGAACAGCGGAACAGGGGCAGCAGCGAGAGGCAGACAGGCCAGAGAAAUGACCGGCUUCGGGUAAAUGUGGAGUGUCCCGUGCAGACCACACGAAGUAUUUUAUCAAGCGGAGAAAUGUUGAAUGUUUUUGGGAACGGGCCUGGGUUGCACAGGGGCGGGGGAGGGUAUGUGGGCAAAGCACACGGCUGGGAGUUUGUGCCGCACUCCCAGCCGGGGGGUGAAAAGUGCAGGGACGGCAGCUGCGGUCCGCCUAAGGCGCUGGUCAGGGGAGACCAGGAGGGGCUUUUAGACCGACUGGGGGCAACAGCCAAGGCUGAGAGAGACCCGGUGACCUGGCUGGAGCUCCAGACCCAGCACUCCCAGCUCAGAAAGAAACUGGAAGACCUAAAGAAGCAGCACGAACAGGACAAGGAGGAGUGGAUGAGGGAGAAGGAGCUGCUUUUGAGACAAGUUGCCGAAAUACAAGGAGGGGAGAACAAACGGAUUCUGCUGGAUCUGAAGUCGGUCCUGGAGGAUGUUCAGCAGGAGGUAAAGCGGGAGGAGGCGCGGAGGAGGGAGCUGCAGGUGCUGUACGCCAAGGACCGGUGCGCCUGGGAGGCAGAGAGAGCCGACCUGCACAGCCGCAUCGCCCAGCUGGAGGCGAGAGUGAGUGGGCCUGGUACUGAUCCGGGGGUCCAGGACGGGCGACAGAGGCGGGAGCGUGAGGAGCAGCGACGGCUGCUGUCAGACACGCACUCGGCCGCCAUGGCGCUGCGGUGCCGCUUGGAGUGCAGCGAGCGGGGCUGGACGCGGCACCGGGCCGAGGUUCUGGAGCGCUUCGAUGCCGAGCGGCGGGAGUGGGAGCUGCAACUCAGGGACAUGCAGCACAAGGUGGAAGAGCUGUGCAAUGAGGUCAAAUCCCACCGGGACCGGACUGGGAUGCGGAGUAGCCCCCUGAGACUCAGCUUACAGUCUAGCACCACUGGAUCCAGCAUCCUUAGCGAUUCGGUGUCCCGUAACGGCUCCGGCGACCGCCCAGACAGCCGCUGUGAUUCCAACCCCCGUCACCAUGCCGACUCCGCCGAUCGUCACAGCAAUAGUGAAUGGGAUGCAGAGAUCGAGGAGAUUUUGCAGGGCUGCCUCCAUCACAAAUUUGAGCCCAUCUCCCCCAGGCGCCGGGCCGCGAGCAGUCCCACCCCCAGGGCACGCCCUACUUUAAGUAGCCAUGCUCCCCUGACUCCCCAGGUCUGCAGUAACCCCUCUCCCAGCACACGCCCACCUCUCAGUACCUUCUCCCCCAUUAAGAGCCAGCCCAUCAGUAACCCCUCCCCCAUUGUGAUCCAGCCCAUCAGUAACUCCUCCCCUAUUGUGCACAAGGCCUUCAGUAGCCCCUACUCCUGCCGUCAGGCCUUCAGUAGCUCUUCCUCCUCACAUCAGCCCUUCAAUAGCCCUUCCUCUAGUAUACAGCAGAACUUAAAGAGUCUUUCCUCCUCACAUCAGACUUCCAGUAGCCCUGCCUCCAGUAAACAUCAGGUCUUCAGUCGUCCUUCUCUGUCAAAUCAGCCCUACUGUAGUUCCACCUCCAGUAUUCAUCAGGUCUUCAGUAGCCCCUCCCCCUCACAUCAGGCCUUCAGUAGCCCUUCCUCCAAUAUACAGCAGGCCUUCACUAGCCCCUCCCCUGGUACACAGCUGGCCAAUGGUAGCUCCUCCCUUACUACACCCCAGUCCCUUACCAGCUCCGUCUGCAGCCCAAAGGUCUUUGGUCUACCCUAUGAAAAUAAUAAGACGAAGAACAUCACCGCUCUUAACGCUGCCCUCAAGGAAAUUGCCAAAGUAAGCGAGGAGCUGUGCAGCUACCAGGAUGAGAUCAAGAAGAAGUCUGAAAGGAGAAGUGAUAUAGAGUCAUUUUCCUUCCUGCAAGACUUUGAAAAAGAGGAAAAUGUGAAGAACCAGGCAAGGAAUGGGGAUAUCAACUAUACCCAAAGUCCCUGGUGUGACUUCCAGCUCCUCGAGGAACAAGACUGGAUCAGCUGGGAAGGCACUGUCCGGGAUUUGCAGUCCAGACCUCCACAAAAGAAGGUGGAAGCUCCACCUGUCCCUCUUCGCACUUCUUCCUGGUACUCACAACACUCCACAGCCCCAGAGCAUGACCUUCCUGAAUAUCACACAGACUACAAGCAGAGCUGUGGUGUCGGCACAGACAAGAAGUCCAGCAGCCCUUCCGUGCUCAGAAAGUUUGGAGUGAUGUUACAGGAGAAUGAGGGAAAGACCCUCACUGACUCUGGCGUGGUUACAAAUCUAGUGCCUGCAGACUCCAAGUGCAAUAUUAGCUGUUGCCAUAGCCGGUGGUCAUGGGAUGGCAGUAGGUUUGGAAGCAGAAAGGCAUCCUCACACGCACCCAUCAUGACAUGUGAUUCAGAGGCUCCCAAAGAGAAAGCCCCAGUUUCAGGACAAAAUGGGGGUUUGAGGCCACACUGGGAUCGGCUCCAGCCUGUGGCCCAGGACUCACUUAAGGUGACUCUCGAGCCUCCUUCCUACUCUGACCCCAGAAUGAGGAAUGAGAUUCUGGAGCUGAAGGCUGCUGAGUUUAACCGCAUUGUGUUCCAGGCAGGGACUGGCCGUGAGUUCAUGGAGGGCAGACUACCUCCUGAACAUCUGCUGCAGCAGCCUGACAACCAAACUAAGGGCUCUUUUUCCAAGGACCCUUCACAGACCCAGGUUAAACCCAAUAUUCAAAGCAUGGGUGACCAAAUGCAGUGCCUAAAGGACCAGGAGGACCUUGCUGCCUUCAGCCAGUCCAUUUCGAAUAAGGCCCAGAGGACAAAGCCUGGGGGUUCUACUCAGAGGGCUGGUGAAUUAGGGACGAGCGGCUGUCUGGCCCGGGACGCUGCCACCCGGGCUCGUUCCCGGGUUCUGAACGAGCAGCCUUGGAAGCCCGGGACUCUAGCUGCUUACCCUCGGCCCGCGGACUCCAGGUCAAACUAUGGAGCGAUCGAGAAAAUCGUAAAAAGCUACCAUGGUGAUGGUGGGUCUGACCAGUAUCAGCCUCGCAGGCCCUGUCCAGGGAAGGAGGGGGACCUAAUCGGGCUUCUGGACAUGCUGGAGCUGGAACAGCAAUGUGGUCGCAAUGGGAGGCUGUCGCAUAUAGAGCUUCAAUCUACAGCCACCUUCAGAGGCCCAACCAGUGCACCAUCGGAGAGAAAAAACUCUCCACUGUCAGUCAGGAAGAGCUUCUCUCGUCCAGCCCGUCCCCAGAACCAACGGCCCCCAUCCCGAUGGGCCAGCCGCUCCCCCUCCGCGUCUGCCGACCGCCCGGCCCCCUCCCCCACCUCGCUCUCUAACAAGCAGGCUCUGUCCCUCUCCUGCCAAACCGAGACGAUCAUUCUGUGAGCAGACGGGGCCGAGGGUUGACCUCGAAACAGCUGGAGCCCAGCAGAGCUGUAGUUCCUGUGUGAACCCCCAGGGCUGUAAAUAUCACAGCUGCUACCAAGUGCUUUACACGUGUGCGGUGCAUGCACAUGAGACCUUCACGACUCUUCAUGACGCCUAACGCCAGUCUCCCGGGCUUCCCCUGCCCGCUGUACUUCUGUGCCCAAUCCCAUCACAGCGUUCCCUUUUAUUUCUCCCAUCUCCUUUGUUUUCCCGAUGCCUCCGUCCGCCGCUACAUCGUCCGUCGUGCAUGGCUACGUUUGUGGGUGCAUGUGUCUCUUUGAGUGAAUCAGACAUUAUCUAGGUUAUUCUUAUCUAACAGACAGUAGUUGGACUUUUAUUAGGAGUUUUAGUCAACAUGGUAACUAUCUGGUAUCCUUAAAGUUCAUUAUAUUGGACUAUAAAGAUUAAAUGUUCCUGUGGUGAAACCCAAUAUGAAUGUGAUGACCUUACUGUCGCUUUUCUGAUAAUAAAUGGUACCACACAUUUA